AACAGCUGAUCGAUUCCCAAAUAAAAAAUAAUAAAGAAACUACCCCCGCGUACUGCUAUUGUCCAUAAGUGAAUGCAUUUUUCUGAUUAUUUCAUCGAUUUAUUAAACCUUUCAAUAUAUCUCUUAAAAUUUCAAUAACUCAACCUUAAUAGUGCGUCGUUUGCAUUAUCGAAUUAUAUUAGUGUUCGUUUAUUCCUGAGUAAAUCCAUCUGUAUGAAUUAUUACAUGUGCAAAGAUUGUCCAGAAUUCAGUGAAAUAGUUCCAGUAAAACUGAAUCCUGAAAUUAGGGAAUUAUGGCCUCAGCAUCAAGUACCAGUGCUCGAAGUUUAUUUGUGGAGUCAAAAAUUCGUUUGGCAGAUAAAGUACAAGUCAAUGUGAACAACAUAGCAUCCUUAGCCAGACAAAUUCAACGGGGAUCCAAGAGUUCUGAGACUUUAAUGCACGCAGCGAAGAAUUUCGCCCAACAGGAGCAUGGACUGGAAAAUGCUGAAAACAACCUGAACAAGCUCAUGCUCAUUACGUCCCACCUGGAGUACCAGUUGAACGCAGUCGACAGGAGUUCUGCAAAACUCGAGGAUGUCACCGAACAAGUCAGGGCAAUGCAACGAUAAACAAUAGUCUCAAGGGGCCCCUGUGAAUCCGAUGAGAGGAACUUUUCCCUCCAAACUGUGCCUCGUAAGGGUUAUAGCCUUUCCAACGUAUCCAAGAUCUU